GCCGCCCGACUAUGGGUACGGUGCCGUCGGCGCUGAAGCACUGCCUCAGCUAUCAGCACCUCCUCAAGGAGCAGCUGUGGAUCGGGGAGCCGACCGCGCCUCCUCAUCCCGGGCAGGAAUCCCAAGUAUCUGGACUGCCGGAGUACAUAAAGAUUGUAGAGGUUGGGCCAAGGGAUGGUUUACAAAAUGAAAAGGUGAUUGUCCCAACUGAUACCAAAAUAGAGUUAAUCAACCGGCUUUCUAAAACAGGCCUUCCAGCAAUAGAAGUGACCAGUUUUGUUUCAUCCAAAUGGGUGCCUCAGAUGGCAGAUCACAAAGAAGUAAUGAGAGGCAUUGAGCGGCAUCCUGGAGUCCAAUAUCCUGUUCUCACGCCUAAUCUUAAAGGUUUUCAUUCAGCUAUUGCAGCAGGGGCUACAGAGGUUUCAGUAUUUGGUGCAGCAUCUGAAUCUUUUAGCAAAAUGAAUAUUAAUUGUUCUAUUGAAGAGAGCAUAGAAAAAUUUGAAGAAGUUGCUAAGUCAGCAAGAAAUAUGAAUAUUCCAGUGCGUGGGUAUGUUUCUUGUGCAUUGGGAUGCCCAUAUGAAGGAGACAUCACACCAGCUAAAGUGGCUGAAGUGUCUAAACGUCUGUACAGUAUGGGCUGUUAUGAAAUCUCUUUGGGGGACACAAUUGGUGUGGGGACUCCUGGAAGUAUGAAAAGAAUGUUGGAAGCUGUUAUGAAGGAAAUCCCUCUGAAUGCCCUUGCUGUUCACUGCCAUGAUACAUAUGGGCAGGCGCUAGCCAAUAUCCUCACAGCCAUACAGAUGGGAGUUGCUGUAGUGGAUUCGUCUGUUGCAGGUUUGGGUGGCUGUCCCUAUGCAAAAGGUGCUACUGGAAAUGUGGCCACAGAGGAUGUGGUAUAUAUGCUUAAUGGUCUGGGGAUCAAUACAGGAGUCAAUCUUUAUGCCGUGAUGGAAGCUGGAAACUUCAUCUGUACAGCUUUGAACAAGAAAACGAAUUCAAAGGUUGCACAAGCUUCCUUCAAUUCUAGAACUAUCAAGUAAACGGAUUUUCUUUGCAAUUACAUUUGUCAUCUACCUUGACCAAGGACACAUAUAUCAAGAAACCAAAUAUAAGAAAACCAUUUCAGCAAAGAACUAAAAUAGA